CAGUAGUAUAUACAGUAGACAUCAUUUACUAUCGACUUCUGACAGUUCGCCACUGAGUUCUUGGGGAAGGCUGUUUUUCAAAAAUAUUCUGAGCAAAGAAAACGACAGACUGUGCUUUUUGUGAAUGUCAACCUGACAAGUUAUCAUGCAAUAUAAUUGCAGCUACUUGUAACGUGAACUUGUUUUAUAAGCAACAUCUGGCAGCGGGCUAGCACUAGCAUGGUGGUGUGGUGAUGGUGUUUAUACACCACGACCCUCAUCGGUUGAGCUUUCUAGUUUUUGCACGCUUACAGCUCCAUCUUAUUUGGAAUGGGAAACCAGUCUGACAUCUGAAACACCACGGACUCAAAGUAACAAAGGUCUUAUCUGACAUCCUGAAUAAAGGAUGUUAGAUAAGGGAUGUGUUCCUGUGGUUUGAUGCCAGGCUUCCUGCUCCUUCAACUUCUCGUGCUCCAGCCCUUACCCCUUACCCCUUAACUCUGUGUGCCGUAAAGACGUUCCCAGUUCACAAGGCUUCUCAGAACAAGGUCCGAAGCCACCUCCAGGCCAAUCCAACAGACUCCCAGCUUCCCGCCUCAGACCGACUCGCUGUCCACCUCUUUACAUACAACCCUAGCAAGCUUGCUCACCUCCUGCCUGAAACUUGAGUCCUUCUCCCUUCUUUCCUCUCACUCCCAGACCUCCAGCCCCAGUCCCUGUACCAUGCUGGGUGCACUGCUGCGGAGGAACAUGUCCCAGAAGCUGAGCAUGCUAUUGCUGGUGUUUGGGCUGGUGUGGGGACUAAUGUUGUUGCGCUACACAGUGCAGCAACCACAGCACCAGAGCAGUGCCGAGCUUAGGCAGCAGAUUCUUGAGCUAAGCCGACGCUACGUCAAAGUGCUCACCGAAGAGAACCAGAAUUCACCUGGUGGCCCACAGGGCACCUCUAUGGCAGGAUAUGCUGAUCUGAAGAGGACCAUUGCUGUGUUGCUGGAUGAUAUUAUGACACGGCUGGUUAAAUUGGAGGGGAAGGUCGAUCUGGUAGCAAACUCCUCCGCCACUAACACCUCCCAUCCUGCAGGGGGUGCCCUUUCCUCCGCUCCUGCUGCCUUACAUAAAGCCACCAAACAGGGGACACCUGACAGUCACCUGGAAACACCACAGCUGCCUGCACAUACACCUAAUAGAGCCCACCAAGGGGUAUAGUGCAAGAGACUACCUGCUCUUCCCUAGUAAAGUAGUUUAGGUCUAUUUUUUUAUGAGGACAUUUCUGCACAUUUUUAUAUUUUCCAUCAUUGACUCUUUAAGGCUUCUAUUCUAGCUGAGUGCUUUGGAAUCUAUAACGUUUUGACAACAAAUAAAAUGGACAAACUGAAA